AUGUGUGAAAUUCAGGAUUAUUCUAUUGAGCAUAAGGAUAUUUAUGUUCAUAAAUAUUCGGCUUGCUUAGACAUGGAUUUGUACAUCACCGACUCACUCCAGGACAUGCUGGACAUGGACAUAAAAAAUGAAAUAGCAACAGAUUUAAGCAGCAUAACAGAUUUUUCCGAUUCAUUAGGAUUAAAUUUCUCAGAAAUGCCGCCCUUACUCGAUAUGGACACAGAUAAUUCUGUAACGUGGCUCAAUAAUUCCUCGUCGAGUUUCGUACACAAUCUAGAUUUAUACGGAAGCGAGGCCAAUGCAGUGAUGGUAAAUCCAAAUUCAGUAAUGCCGUCCACAUUUGCCGAAACUCCUGUAAAAAGCGUCGUUAAAGAAGAAGCUUCCAACUUGUUAUUAACAUCUGCUGCGAACAAUGAUCUAAACCAGAGCACGACACUGUCGAGUCCAAAAGAAGAAAAAAGUCAUUUAACAUUUUCACCAAACGCAAUUAAAGUAACGAAACCGCAAGAAGAUGACACGACGUCGAGAAAACAAUCCGAGGAAGCUACGCAGAUGGUUAUAUACGUGCGAAAACAAGACAAGAAUGUUGUUAAAGAUUUGUUAAAAGAUCUAGACACUAGUAAGGUGAAGUUAAACACGGGCUCAACGGUAACGCCUCUGACACGAAUAAAGACGAAUCAGGGUGAAAUUAUUAAAGUGAAUAACAAGAACUGUUCAAUAUUAAACACUAGCCAUAAGAUAACGCAACAAAUAGGUGCUAAGACAAUAAUUUCGGGUAAUAUACACAUACUGGACGCUCAGCAAUCUAGGACAAUUUUAGCGAAUGGUAAUAAAAAUCAAGCGACAAUAUUAAUUGAUAAUUCGUCGCUGAGUAAUAGUAGGCAAAUAAUAAAGACAUCAGUCGGUGGCACAUAUACAGUAGAAAACAGUCAAGCGAAAUAUGUAAAUACUACUAGUAAUAAAAAUAAUAAUGCUGUGGGAGAGUUUCCCAAGCCUGCCUAUUCGUAUUCCUGUUUAAUAGCGAUGGCGCUGAAGAAUUCUAGAACGGGAAGUCUACCUGUUUCUGAGAUCUAUAAUUUUAUGUGUCAACACUUUCCAUACUUUAAAACUGCUCCUAAUGGUUGGAAGAAUUCUGUGAGGCAUAACUUAAGUUUGAAUAAAUGCUUCGAAAAAAUUGAAAAACCAUCAAGUAAUGGUAGUCAACGAAAAGGGUGUUUAUGGGCUAUGAACCCUUCGAAAGUGGGCAAAAUGGAUGAAGAAGUUCAAAAGUGGUCGAGGAAGGAUCCUCAAGCCAUCAAGAAAGCUAUGAUUUACCCUGACAGUCUAGAAGCACUAGAACGCGGCGAGAUGAAAUAUUCCGGUUUCGGCAGCGAUACAGAGGCGGAGGAUGACGCUGAUGUUGAUGGUGACCCUGAUCUCGAUCCAGACCUGGAGAUAGACCCUGAGGUCAAGGAGGAGGUGGAACAUGAAGACACCUUGGUGGAACAGGAAGUAUCAGACCAAGAGUUGGAAGUUGAGGAAGUAGUGGAAGGCACGGGCAUGGUGGGGACAUACCGAUUGCUGGCCGGCGGACCCGCGCUCUCUUAUGUUACUGAUGAUUGUGUUGAUGAACCCAGUGAUGUUGAGGUGCUCGACCAAUCUUACGAUGAUAUCGACAUCGAUGAAAUGAAACCCGUCAAACUUGAUCUGUCUUUUACGGAAAACUAUACGAUCCAACCAGCCAAACGAGCGAAGACAAGCUUCAUCUACCAGCCACUGACGCCGCAGUCGCACACGAGCCGGCGGAAAACGCCGCUCGUCAACCGAGUCGCAUUAGUUUAAUUAGCAUUUAAUCAAAUUGUGAUCAAACGGAGUCCCCUCCUUAUAGCAUUAAGUAAUUGUGGAUGUGUAUGGUUUGAUAACUGUUGUGAUAGUGACACGGAACACUUGUUACAUAAUGUACACUAAAAUGUCUCGUGAUGUCCUAAUUUUGAGUAUUGUGUCGACAAUUUUCGGUAGUUGGUAAGUAGGAUUACAUAUUGUGAGUACAAAACUUGAAUAAAACAUUUUGCUACUCUGUUCGUACUUUUUUUUACACUAUGUAGUGUUAGGGAUAGUUUAAUUCAUUAAGUAAUGUUUCGUGAAUAUCGUAUUGUAGGAAGAACUAUAGCGGGUAUUUUACUAAAGAUCCCACCGCUUGUAAAUAUUAAAUGUAAUUGCUUUGUUGACGCUGGCAGUUUAUGUCGACUAGGCAUUUCUGAAUCCAAUAUAAUAUUAUGUCCAUAUUGUCACUUUAAAUGUAUUCUCUAAACUAUUUUAUAGAAUACAUUUGAUACUCAUAGUUUAUUUCACCAUUAGGCCUAGGAUUAUAUAUAAUUGUGUCUCAAAUUUGGCUUUAUAAUUUAAAAAAUCGAAUAAUCAUUUGAAAUAAAAUCUUUAAGGAAUUUUAAUUGCUAUUUUUCCAACUGCGUAGUAUUAGAUAUCAAAUCGAUAAUUUACUGAAUUCCUUAAAAAGUUUAUUUCAAACCUUUAAUGCUUCUUUGUGAAUAGGCUACUCAAAUAUGAUAUAAAUUGGGUUUAGUUAUGACUAGUGCUAAGCCUUAGCUUUUAUUUGUUGUUCUUAUAUUACUCCGAACAGGUGAGCUCAUUUACAGCUUGGAAUUGUAUAAGAACUUAGCAUUUACUAAUUUAAGAAUAUGUAUUAGAAUUUAAAAUUAAAGAAGAAUUUUUGUAUGAACUUAAAACAAAAUAAUAACAGUAGAUAUAUGUAAGGUGGCAAAUUUGUUACUGUAAUAAAAUGAAGACACGUUAGAAAAUCGGAAGCUGUAAAAUUAUGGGGUUGUAUAAAUUAUAAAUACACUACUUUCAUUGGAAUAGGCAUUAUUCAAUUGUCUAGUCUGAAUUCACUAUGAAAAUGGUAUAUUAUAAUUUAUGUAGCCUUAAAGUGAAAAUCAUACAUUUAUAAUAAUGCACUGGUUUAGAUCAAAUCUUAUACUGAUAUAAGAUUUAGAUAUAUAUCGAUAAUUCUAUCACUGCAGCAUUAUAUUAUAAAGUAACUCCAAUCUACUUAUUGUUAGUAAAAUAUCACUUCAUAUAAUUUGAUAUGUUCAUUUUUUUUAUUAUGAGCAUCAUGUUUUCUUUUAUUUUUUACCGUGGAAUUACGUUUUUUUGUUCAACUUGAAGGUGCCUUUGGGCUAGUCCUAUUUUAUUUUCUUGAAAGAUACAAUGUCGUUAGUUUUUAAUGUUGAGAUUGUCAUAAUAAUGAGAAUAUUUUGAAUUAUUCUAUAUUGAAUAUACAUAUUUGAGUUGAAUUCGUUAAAAUACAAAAACAUCUUAUUCAUGAACUAAAUUUUAAAAGAACGAGGGAAGAAGAUUUCUACCAAUUGGUUAUGUAUCACCUUACUCCCCAUGUAGCUGUAUAACAAAGAAAUUAAAAAGAAAUUGUCAACAUAAUAUAUUUAUGUACUUAUAAUAAUUACAAAAAAUGGGUUGUAUUAUUUAAAAGUUGUUGCUAUUUUCCAAUCAUUGGUAAAUGUUUACAAAGAUCAAAUAUGUGAAAUAUGAAAUUAGGUGUUAAGUAUACUAUGUAUGUCUAUAUUUAUAAGUCGUAGAAUAUCUCACUGCCAGUAUUUCAACAUUAAUCUAAAGUGUUAGAACUAAAAAUAGCUUUAGUUAUGUAGCUCCGAGUAGUUUAUUAAGUUGAAUGAUUUUUAAUAAUUCUUUUGUAAUAAAAUGAAUUUAAUUAAA